AUGGCCAAAAACUAUGAAGUUACUGGUUUUUGUGGCUUUGUGGAGGCCGUGCCCUCAAGCAACAGCAACAGGCAGCAGAUGAACGUCUCCAAUGAGGUCCAGAACCAAGUGAGGUCUUCGUACAAAGACCAAUAUGGAGGGUCCUCGAGCAAUUUCACACAGAGCUACAAGGCACGAGAGUACGUGGACAAUCGAUCGGGGCAGACGGUUUACAAGCAGGAGGCUAAGUACGCUUGCAAUGACAAGUUUGUGGACAAGCAGCAAGGGGUCACUACGGAGUACAAAACCCAGUUGAAGGUCACCAAGUCUGUUUACCCUAACAAGGGUUCCAGCAGCAAGUCCAGCAACAACCGCAUCAACUAUUAUUAA